AUGUCUUUCAGAAACGCUUCCCUUCGUAUGGCUCGUACUGCUUCUAGCCGUGCCUCUAGACAAAUUGCUUCUAAAAGAGCUUUAUCUGCUUUAGCUAACGCUGCUCGUCCAGUUGUUUCUAAACAAUCUAUGGCUCCAACUGCUAUUCGUGGUGUUAAAUCUAUUAACUUUGGUGGUACUGAAGAAAUUGUCCACGAACGUGCUGACUGGCCAAGAGAAAAAUUAUUAGAAUACUUCAAAGACGAUACUUUUGCUUUGAUUGGUUAUGGUUCUCAAGGUUACGGUCAAGGUUUAAACUUGAGAGACAAUGGUUUAAAUGUUAUCAUUGGUGUUAGAAAAAACGGUGCUUCUUGGAAAGCUGCCAUUGAAGAUGGUUGGGUUCCAGGUGAAAACUUGUUUGAAGUUAAUGAAGCUAUCAAUAAGGGUACUUAUAUUAUGAACUUAUUAUCUGAUGCUGCUCAAUCUGAAACUUGGAACACUAUUAAACCUUUAAUCACUCCAGGUAAAACUUUAUACUUUUCUCAUGGUUUCUCUCCAGUUUUCAAAGAUUUAACUCAUGUUGAACCACCAAAAGAUGUUGAUGUCAUUUUAGCUGCUCCAAAAGGUUCUGGUAGAACUGUCAGAACUUUAUUCAAAGAAGGUAGAGGUAUCAACUCUUCUUAUGCCGUCUGGAAUGAUAUCACUGGUAAAGCUGAAGAAAAAGCUAUUGCUUUAGCUGUUGCCAUUGGUUCUGGUUACGUUUACCAAACCACUUUUGAAAGAGAAGUCAACUCUGAUUUAUAUGGUGAAAGAGGUUGUUUAAUGGGUGGUAUCCACGGUAUGUUCUUAGCUCAGUAUGAAGUUUUAAGAGAAAAUGGUCACACUCCAUCUGAAGCUUUCAAUGAAACCGUUGAAGAAGCUACUCAAUCUUUAUACCCAUUAAUUGGUAAAUACGGUAUGGACUACAUGUACGAUGCUUGUUCCACCACUGCUAGAAGAGGUGCUUUAGAUUGGUACCCAAGAUUCAAAGAUGCUUUGAAACCAGUUUUCAAUGAAUUAUACGAAUCCGUUAAAAACGGUUCUGAAACUCAAAGAUCUUUGGACUUCAAUGGUUCUCCAGACUACCGUGAAAACUUAGAAAAAGAAUUAGAAAUCAUUAGAAAUAUGGAAAUUUGGAAAGUCGGUAAAGAAGUUAGAAAAUUACGUCCAGAAAACCAAUAG